GAAGUGAGGCUUCCAGAAAGUGCGAGGGUGGUUGCGCAGGGAAGUGGGGAGGCGGUUGGUUGGAUGCUAUUCGGUUUACAUAACCCAAACAUUUACUGUGAUUUCUUUAAUAGACCACGCGCUAUAUACCCACAUAAUUAAACCAUUAAACAUUAUUAUUGUGUGGACUAAGUCCGUUAAGGUUGCAUUGCUGGAAAAAGCAGAGUCGAGGUGCGCGGCUGCAGAAACAUUCAUCUGCAUCUUCUUCCCCGGACAGUCAGUUGCGGUGCUGCUGUAGGUGAUUGAGGAAGCCCUGCCCUGCUGCACACACCCGCAGCUCACUCACUGCAGACGGGAUUUGCAAACACUGUAGCCAGAAUGAGCGCUGAGGAGAAUCCCGCUGCUGAACCUGCACCUGUGAUCGACGUGCAGGGAGACGGACGCUGGAUGUCACAGCACAACCGGUUUGUGCAGGAGUGCAAGGAUGCGGAGCCUGAUGUUCUGUUUGUGGGGGACUCAAUGGUGCAGCUUAUGCAACAGCACGAGGUGUGGAGGGAACUCUUCUCACCUCUCCAUGCUCUGAGCUUUGGGAUUGGUGGAGACACAACCUGUAAUGUGCUGUGGAGACUACAGAAUGGAGAACUGGAGAACAUCAGACCCAAGGUGGUGGUUUUAUGGGUAGGAACUAAUAAUCAUGAGCACACUGCGGAUCAGGUUGCAGGAGGAAUACUGGCCAUUGCACAGUUACUUCUGUCUCUCCUCCCCAAGUCCAAAAUUAUUGUUUUGGGCCUGUUGCCAAGGGGAGAGUUUCCUAACCCCCUGAGAGAGAAAAAUGCAUCGGUGAACAAUUUACUCCGCGCAUCUCUUCCUCGACUCGGCCAUGUUCAGUUACUUGAUGUGGGAGGUAGUUUUGUCCACUCAGAUGGGACUAUUUCCUCUCGAGACAUGUUCGACUUCCUGCAUCUGACCGCUGGUGCGUACAGGACCAUGUCGACGACCCUCCAUGAGCUGGUGCUUCAACUGUUGGACGAAACGUCUCGAGAGAGGCGAGCCUCACUGGUUUAAGAAGGGCACCACGUUGGUCAUUUACUGGAGAGGCAGGGUUAAGAAAUGUUGGAUAUUCAAGAUGUACUUAAAAUACUUAAUUUAGAAAAACAAAGAAAAAUGCUAAAAGAUCAGCAAACAAGGGGAUGUUAUACAGUGACCAAUUUUUAUAGGAAAAGUAUAAACUGUGCAUAUGUUUCUAAGAUGCAGAAUAGACAACAGUAGGAGAAUGAAGAAUAGAUGUGUGAUAAGAAAUAGUUUUUCUUAGGACAUAUUGCUUUGCAGGUGGGACCGGAACCUUUUCAAAAUCUCAUUGUCACUGUCUCAACAACCUUUAAUAGUAGCACUUACUCUGCCAGCUUCUCCGUGCCUUCAUACAUGCACGCGGUCACACUUACAACAGUGUUAUGAUGACAGCUACAUGAUUCAGUUCACACAAGAGAAAUCAUGCCUUUGAAAUAUCAGCUUUUGUCUUAUUCCCAUUUUGCAUUUUUACAUUUUUUUUUUGGCACAGAAGCAUCUUUCGCCUUUCUUAUUCCCAAUAACAAAAAUAUUAUAUAUUAGAGUAAGACUGGAGUGAUCAAACCAUAUCAUUCCUUGUGUGUGGGUUUGUGAGUCUGAGUGUGAGAAAGCUCCUAAUGCACAACCACAAUGUUUUCAGUGUUU